CAACAACAGCAGCAGCAGUAGUAGUAGAAAAGAGACAAACUAAUCCCGACCCCCCUUUGUAUAGAAAGCAACAAUCCACACAAAGGAGGAGCAGGGUGAAAAGAACAUGAGAGGGAUAAAGCCUGACCUGUGAAAACCACUCUAGCACUGUCUAUUCUUUCUACUCCAUUCUAUAAACCCCUAAAAAGUGGAAUACUACUACUACUAGUUACUACUCUACCAUGCACACACAAAGCUAACCUACCAAAGGUGAACUGGUGACUCUUGCCACUGCACACACCACUGUGAGCAUAGCGAGGGUGCAAGACAACAUUGGGGGUGAAGGCGAUGCGCGCGGGGGGGUACACGGUGCACCAGGCGCUGUCCGCCGACGCGGCCGCGGUGCUCAAGCUCGCGCUGGCGCUGGCGCGACGCCGCGGGCACGCGCAGCUCACGCCGCUGCACGUGGCGUUCACGCUGCUGAGGAGCUCCUCGUCCUCGUCCUCGUCCUCGUCGCCGUCGGACCCGCCUCCGUUCGCUUGCUCCGGGGGCGAGCCGUCGUGCUGCGCCCACGGCCUCCUCAGGCGCGCCUGCGUCAGGGCGCACCCGGCCGUGGCCGCCUGCGCGCCCGCGGCGGCGGCGGCGUCGCACCCGCUCCGGUGCAGGGCGCUGGAGCUCUGCUUCAACGUCGCGCUCAACCGCCUCCCUGCCACCAAUGCGAUGGCCGACUGCGGGCGGGCGUGCUCGCCGGCGUCGUCGCUCGUCCCGCCCGACCCGACGCUGUCCAACGCGCUCGUCGCCGCGCUCAAGCGCGCGCAGGCGAACCAGCGGCGCGGCUGCAUCGAGCUGCAGAGCCUGCAGCCGCCGCAGCACGCGCUUCAACCGCAGCAGCAGCCUCUCCUCGCGAUCAAGGUAGAGCUUGACCAGCUCAUCAUCUCCAUCCUCGACGACCCCAGCGUGAGCCGGGUCAUGCGGGAGGCCGGCUUCUCGAGCGCCGCCGUGAAGAGCACCCUCGAGGAGGGGGGCGCCAUGCUCCCGAGCCUCGGCGGCCACCACGUCUGUUACUCGUCCUCCUCCCCCGAGCCGCACAUUGACCUCGACGCGCACGCCGCCAGCGGCGGUGGCGCGCCGUGGCCGGCUCAGUUCUUGCACCGUCCUGACACCGGUUCGUCGUGCAAGGAGGAGGACGUGAGGGCGAUCUUGGAGGUGAUGGUGCGGAAGCAGUGGGCAAGACCCAACCCCGUCGUCGUCGGCGACUCGGUGUCCGUCGCCGAGGCGUCGGUGGCGGAGCUCAUGAGGCGGCUGGAGACGGGCGACGUCCCGGGCGAGCUGCGCGGCGCGCACGUGCUGAGGCUCCACCUCUCCCGCGUCCACCUCCGCCUCAUGACCCGCGCCGACGUCGACGCCCAGGUGGCCGAGCUACGCCGGACCGCGAACUCCAUCGUCGUCGACGCCAAGGCCGCCGGCCUGGUCAUCUACGUCGGCGACGUGCGCUGGGCCGUCGAUGAUGACGACCACCACCACCACCACGCCCUCGCGGAGUACUCCGCCCCUGAGGACCACAUGGUCGCCGAGCUGGCGCGCCUGAUGUCCGAGCUCCGCGCGGCGUCGCGCGGUCGCGCCUGGCUCGUGGCGGCCGCGAGCUACCAGACGUACGUGCGGUGCCAGCAGCGGCGGCGGCGGCGCCGGGCGCCGUCUCUGGAGGCGACGUGGUCGCUGCAGGCCGUGGUCGUCCCCGCGGGCGCGGGCGCGGACGCAGGCACCGGCCUGUCCCUCGGCCGCCGCGCCCCUCCGGCUCCACCCCCAAGCAGGGUGGCAGAAGAUGAUCAGAUUGCCAAGCUUGGUGAGAUCCCCACACUGGACCUUGCAUUGGGAGGAGACGACGGUGGCGUGCCGGCCCUUUGCGCCGAGUGCGCCGACGGCUAUGAGAAGGAAGCAUCGCAGGUGAGGGCGAAGGCAGAUGGCACCACCCUUGCCCUCACCUAUUUCCCCGGUUGGCCACACGCAAACGAGCCCCAGACAUCACACAAGGCUGAGCUGAUGGAGCUGAGGAGGAAAUGGGGAAUCUUGUGCCAGAGGGUUCACUCCCGCAGCCACAAUGAUCAGGCGUCUGUUCCCUCACCGAUGCCAUGGUGGUGCAGACCAUCAUCGGUGAGCCGUGACGGCGAGGCGCGAACUGAGCUGAAUCCAAGCUCUGCCGGGCUACGCUUAAGCUUUGGCACACCGGGCGAUCAUGACCGGAGCGAGAGCGUCGACGAACGUGGUGCCGACACUACACUGAGCCUCCUGCCUCCGGACUCGGCGGCGGCGGCGACGACGUGGCAGGAUACUCGUGGUCGCUGGAGCGAGGGAGGAGGAGGAGGAGCAGACGGCGAGAUGAUGACAGUGAACGGAUUGGAUGCCACCGUCGACGCGGUGAGCAUCCGGCGGGUGUGGCUGGAGCAGCUGCUGCUGUCCGGUGAUCUCAAGAGGAAGGCGGAGAAGGGCGGGCUCUCCGGCGAGCCCAAGCCCCGUCGGAGAGGCGGUGUCAGCCUCGACCUGAACAUCUGCGCCGCGGCUGACGACGACGACGACGGUGGCGACAGCGAAGAGGAGGCGGCUCCGAGUGACCUGACAAAUGAAGGUGGAUGUGACGGCGGCGGUGAGCCGGGACGCCUCGACGACAGCCUCGACAGCCACGAGUAGGGCGCGGGUACGGUUGCCAUCACCGCGAUGGCGGCGCCGUACAGCAGGGAAGAGCCCGGAGGAUGACGGGGAGAAGGUGGUCGUCACCUCUCUGGUUUUGGUUUCCAAUUGAAGUGAUCAGGAGAGCUUGGAAUGUGGGACUUGCAGAAAUUCAAACUAUGAAAUUGGCGGGAAGGGAUGUUAGGCUAGUCCCCUCCUACCCAAUAGGAUCCAUGGAUGUGGACACUGAACUGAAUUGUUCUCAUGGGCUCCGAAUUUUUGUCCUUUUUGUAUUUUCUGGAGUACUUUCGGUCUUAGAAUUAGUCUCUUCCUAAGUUAUAUGUAAAAAAAAAUGUUUACUGCAGUAGUAUUGGGAUCUUAGGUGCAGACUAGUGAUCACUCAACACCCUUUUGUUAUUAGCUGAUAUCUUAAUCAAUGUAAUAUUUUCAUCCCCACAAA